AUGGACAGACACAGCCAGUGUAAGACAGUCAGAUCUAAGCCAAGAAACAUCUCUGCGGCGCAAGAUCUUACCUGGGCCACUCAGGUUGCAUCAAUUAAGACAUUGACCCGAGCCGAGUCCGGACCCGGCCCCGUUUCGCAUACUACAGUCCACUCUUGCUUUGUCCUUUUGCGCACAAACGAAAAAGAGCCGUUUCUCCAGAGGAGAUCGUCAACUUCAACCCGCUAUUAUGCUAGUACAGCUCGUCAUUCGACUCGGCACAUCGUCUAG